GUGACCCUGUUUGCAGCAGGCAUGUCAGAAGAUGAGGCGGCUCAGGCCCCUACACCCAGCUCGUGGGAGCAAGAUCAGCAGAACGUGGUGCAGCGCGUGGUGGCCCUGCCGCUGGUCAGGGCCACGUGCACCGCAGUCUCCGAUGCUUACAGCGCAGCCAAGGACAAGCACCCGCUGCUGGGCUCUGCUUGCCGCCUGGCCGAGCACUGUGUGUGCAGCCUCACCACCAGUGCCCUGGACCACGCCCAGCCACUGCUCAGCCACCUGCAGCCUCAGCUGUCCACCGUGAAUGACCUCGCCUGCAGGGGCCUGGACAAGCUGGAGGAGAAGCUGCCCUUUCUGCAGAAACCUUCGGAGAUGGUGGUGACCUCAGCCAAGGAUGCGGUGACCAGCGGUAUGACCGGCGUGGUGGGCCUGGCUCGGCAGAGCCGGCGCUGGAGCGUGGAGCUGAAGCGUUCCAUGAGCCACGCUGUGGACGUCGUGCUGGGCAAGUCGGAGGAGCUGGUGGACCACUUCCUGCCCAUGACGGAGGAGGAGCUCGCGGCGCUGGCUGCCGAGGCUGAGGGCCCAGAGGUGGGCUCCGUGGAAGAGCAGAGGAGACGUCAGGGCUACUUUGUACGCCUGGGCUCCCUGUCAGCACGGCUCCGCCACCGGGCAUAUGAGCACUCUCUGGGGAAACUGAGGCAGAAGAAACACCACGCCCAGGACACACUGGCCCAGCUGCAGGAGACACUGGAGCUGAUCAACCUUGUGCAGUGUGGGGUGACCCCUACCACCCCGGCCCGCCCCGGGAAGGUACACGAGCUGUGGGAGGACUGGACUCUGCGGCCCCUGGAGAACGGCCGUCGCCGCAGCCAGGCGGAGCUGGAGAUGCUGGUGCUGUCCCGGAGUCUGAUGGGGGAGCUACAGAGCGCGGUGGACGCGCUGGAGAGCAGCGUGCGGGGGCUGCCCCCCGGCGCCCAGGAGAAGGUGGCCGAGGUGCGGCGCAGCGUGCACGCCCUGCAGGCCGCCUUCGCCGACGCGCGCUGCUUCGGGGAUGUGCCCGCGGCGGCGCUGGCUGAGGGCCGGGGCAACGUGGCCCGGGCCCACGCCUGCGUGGACGAGCUGCUGGAGCUGGUGGUGCAGGCGGUGCCGCUGCCCUGGCGGGUGGGGCCCUUCUCGCCCAUCCUCGUGGAGCGGCCCGAGCCCCCGGCCGACCUGGACACCCUGGUGGACGAGGUGGUGGGGAGCCCCGAUGCCCGCUGGGCGCACCUGGACUGGCCGGCCCAGCAGAGAGCCUGGCAGGCGCAGCACCGGGACGGGACGGGCCUCCCAGGGGACAUUCCCGAGGAGCCCGAGCCUGAGCCCCCCAGCCGCCCCAAGCACACCCUGAUGCCGGAGCUGGACUUCUGA